GAACUGAAGCUGUCUUCAUUCUUCACCAAAAGAAGAGACCUUGAAGCUCAACGCUUCUUCUCCAUUUGGGAUCCUUUCUCUAACCCUAAUGGCAGGGUAUUGCCCCUCCGAUGAAGAGGUGGAGGAGCAGCUGAGCGAUAGUGAGUUCGGGGACCCUUUAAGCGCUUCCUCCUCCCCUCUCAUCUUCCCUGGAUCCGUGGAGAGGGAUGAUGAUUUGAGCUCCGAUGAGGAGGACCAGUUCUCUGUCUUGAACCUUGUGGUGGCCACGCUGAGGAAGUCGCUGGUGAUGUGUAGUGCUGGUGCUGAGGUGGAUAACGUUGAGGAGGUGUUGGAUAUCGGCCGCCCAACUGAUGUUCGGCAUGUCUCUCAUGUAACUUUCGAUCGAUUUGAUGGGUUCCUUGGGCUUCCGGUGGAGCUGGAGCGUGAUGUGCCCUCCCGGGCUCCCAGUGCUAGAAUUUUGACAAGCCCUUUUAGCCAUUUAUAUGGAUAUAACCAAGCCUCUAUCCAUCACCGUAGUGCAAGCAUCUUUGGACUUUCUGCAAAGUCCAUGCAAUGUUCCCAUGACAACAGAGGAAAUAGUGUGCCAACAAUCUUACUCUUGAUGCAAAAGCAUUUAUACUCACAAGGAGGGCUUAAGGCAGAAGGCAUAUUCAGAAUUAAUGCUGAGAAUAGCCAUGAGGCGUAUGUCAGAGAGCAACUGAGCACAGGGCUUGUGCCUCAUGGGAUAGAUGUGCAUUGCCUUGCAGGUCUAAUUAAGGCAUGGUUUAGAGAACUGCCUUCUGGGGUUCUUGAUUGUAUCACUCCAGAUCAGAUGAUGCACUGCAACACUGAAGAGGAAUGUUCUCAGCUUAUAAGGAUGCUAGCACCAACUGAGGCUGCAUUGCUUGACUGGGCCAUUAAUCUAAUGGCAGAUGUUGUGAAGCAUGAGAAUGACAAUAAGAUGAACGCUAGGAAUAUUGCUAUGGUGUUUGCUCCCAACAUGACUCAGAUGGCUGAUCCUCUGACAGCAUUGAUUCAUGCAGUUCAAGUGAUGAACUUUCUCAAGACAUUGAUCAUGAAAACACUCAGAGAAAGAGAGGAUACAGCCACAGAGGUCAGUGUGUCACAGUUUUGCUUGGAAUCUCCAGGAGACAACGAUAAAGUCCUUUCAUUGAGAUCAACUGAAAGCAUUAUGGGGGAAUACAAACAGGAGGCUAUAGAUUCCAGCGACUAUGGAAAAGCUGCCUUGGGUAAUUUCUUAUUUAGCUCUGAACAUGCCUUUGAAAGUGACAAAGAGGAGAGUUUCCGGAGCUUUGAGAUGAAGAGUGAGACACUAGAGAUACAUGAACUCACUUCUGGGAAAUGUUCACCAAUAAAUGGGUAUAAGAACACUCCACAAGAUGAUUCAAAAGAAGAUAGAUGUGAUUCUGGGGAUGUUGAAGGCAUACUGGACAGACUAAAUUUUAGAAGAAGUGUGAGGAAGCUUUGCAGGCAUCCUGUUUUUCAGUUUAGCAAGACUUUGAAGAAAACAGGGGACUUGGGCAUUCUGAAUUCCAAGGGAGGAAGAAGAGAAGCCUGUACAUCAUGAGGUUGCCACAUAGAAUCUUCAUUCAUCCUUGUCUUUUAUUUUUGUUUUUUAUUUUUAUUUAAAUUUUAAUUUUUGUGUGUGUGUGAUUUUAUUCAUAGUUUCACAAGUUUGGGAAAUAUCGUUUAAAGGUAGGAGUUUGAGUUGUAAAUUUCUUGUGGAGAAUGGGACCUUGGAGUCUUGGACAUGGAAUGCCAUAGAUCGAGAAGCAAGUUUCUCUUUGU